UUCAAGAUGGCAACUCCCUAUGUCACAGAUGAAUCUGGAAAAUACAUCGCUGCAACACAGCGACCUGACGGUACUUGGAGAAAGCCAAGGCGAGUGAAAGACGGAUAUGUGCCCCAAGAAGAGGUGCCUGUGUAUGAGAAUAAGUAUGUGAAGUUUUUUAAGAGUAAGCCGGACCUUCCCCCCGGCAUGAACCCUGAGGAUGCGGCCCUGGCCCGACAACAGCAACAGCAGCAGCAGCAGCAGCAACAGGUUAGCGGAGGGGACAAAAACGGUGACACCACCGGACUCUCCAAAACAGCCAAACGCAACAUGAAGCGAAAAGAGAAGCGUAAGCAGCAGCAGCAGAACCAAGGGCAGCCGCAGGACGGCAGCGGUGCCGUGGAGGCGCUGAGCAAGGAAGUGGAGAAGGUGGAUAUCGGCGGAGAGGAGGACACCGCCACUGCCAAACAGAACAACACGGCAGCUCCGCCCGCAGACCCCGCAGCGGCGGCUGCAGAGAAAGCCAAGAAGAUCAAGAACCUGAAGAAGAAACUUCGCCAAGUUGAGGAGCUGCAGCAGAAACUGGACUCUGGGGAGAUUAAGAAUCCCACCAAGGAACAGCUGGAUAAAUUGGGCCGGGCUCAGGCCUUACAGGAAGAGCUGAGGCAGCUUGAAGGGGAUUCGUGAGGCAGAGCCGUCCGUUAUAAUGAACGGGAAGAGGGAGAGAAGGUUACGGCAUGAAGAACUGAACUCUUGAGUCUAGACUAGACCUUCAUUUGUUCCAAACAAUGCCUGUGUUGACAGUGUUGUGGAAUUGACAUCCUUCAGCUGGACUUUUGUUGAAGUGUAGCUGUCAUCAGUGAAUCACUGCAAACAUUUGCUUUGAAAUAAGAACUGAACUUGUAAAAGAACUGAUCUGAGGUAUUGAUCAUACUGACCAAUUGUUCAUGCAGUUUGAACUGUUCAAAACCACAUGGAUUUCCCUACUGAAUUCAUUUGUUGUCCUCUUUAACUGUAUAAGAUAUCUUAUACAUGUAACUUCAGCCAGUUACUUGUGAGUCAUGGUUGUGGAGUAUUUAAGGACAAUGGUUCACUUGUUUUUUUUCCCUCAAGAAUCUGUUUUCAUCUUGUGUAUUUUUUUUACCUCAGUA